CGUACACGCGGCGUUAAGAGCACGCACGUGUGCAUCGAGAUUAAUAAAAUCAUCCGAAAACGCACGGUUGUCAAAGUUUGCGUUUUGCUACUUCCUGCUGUCAUCGACCGUCGGUGGACGUUCUUUCCGAGUACAUUUGCCAAUAUGCCUCCGAAGAAGGAUACCAAGGGAGCGGCAAAGCAGCCGCAAAAGACCCAGAAAAAGAAGGAAGGGUCCGGCGGUGGCAAGGCCAAGAAGAAGAAGUGGUCUAAGGGAAAAGUUCGCGAUAAGCUGAACAACCAGGUUCUCUUCGACAAGGCCACCUACGAGAAACUCUAUAAGGAAGUACCCGCUUACAAGCUGAUCACACCGUCUGUAGUGUCCGAACGUCUAAAGAUCCGUGGCUCCCUGGCCAAGCGCGGUCUGCGGGAACUCUGCCAGAAGGGUCUGAUCCGGAUGGUUGUUCACCACCAUGCUCAGGUUAUCUACACCCGCACCACCAAGGGAGACGAUCCAGUGGCAUAGGUCGCUGUUUGGUAUUGCUAACGUAAGGUGAAGAAAAUAUGUGCGUAUGUACGGUUUCCUGUUUUGUUUCGCUCAUAGCGAUGCAUUCUAACGGGAGCGGGAAGGUGGUCUUUAUGAGUUGCAAAAGAGGAGAUAAUAUACUUAUUUGUAAGUAAGA